AGACCUUUACCAAGUAUGGCGUGAUUUACAAAAAAAUUGUAAAAAAAGCACAGAAAUUCAUAAGCGCCGAGAGCAUGAUUUUCAAAUGAAUUUGGAUAAUUUGUUUGAUAUUGCACAUGCUGAUGCUCUUCAGAUGAUAAAGAUUGAGGAAGAUAAAGUAUUUUUACAGCAACAGAGAGAACCGGGGCGUCAGGGUUGUCUAGCAGGAGUCGACCAAAAGUUGUCAGGAAAGGAAGAUCGAGCUCGCCAACGGAAAAUAGAUGAAGAGAAAAGAAGAUUAAAGGCCACAUCCAUUCCUGAAUCUUCAUCAUCAUAUGAUUAUGUACCGCUGGAUCAGAGCCCUACGUCUUCUGUUUUAUCAGAUCGUUCUCUAGAUGAACCCGCAUUGACAUUACCUGUUGCUCCCCAAGUUACCGUUGUUAAAAGGGGCCGAAAGGAUUCGCGACUUCUUAUGUAAAACCAUGGCUUCAGUGCAAUAUGGCAGUUAAAGCUCCUCACCAGGAUUUGUGCUUUCUGAAAACCUUGAAGAGGUAUGAAGCAAUUGAUAAGGCAAUUUCAAAAGCGGCUUUAGAUAAAUUCUGCAAACACUUGUGGUAUAUGACGGAUGAGGUUGCGAUUAUGGCAAUUUUCGACGAAGAAGUAGGUGUUGAAGUGAAAAUGAGGAUGGUUUCUAAACUAGAGUGUGAUAACGAGAAGCCGCAUCAACAGGAAAAAAGAUAUAUUCCAUCUAAACAAGAAAUGGCUAAAACUUUAUUUAGUAAAAGCAUGGAUGAUUUCGUGUCAACAAAGAGUAAAGACUUGUUUACUCGCUUGAAAAUUGACACCAGCUUUUUGAGGGUCCCUGUUUUCAUGUGGAACCAAGAUGAUGCUUAUUUAAAUGCUUUAUCUAAAAUCUCAAAUCUUCGAGCUGUAAAUGAUACAGCAGAAAGGGCGGUUAAGCUGAUGCAAGACUUUCACGGAUUAAUAACGGCGGACGAAGAGCAAAAACAAUUUCUAUUGCGUUGUGUUCAGGAACACAGAAAGCUUUAUCCUGACUGUAAAAAAGCUACUUUGCGAAAAAUGUAUCCCAAAUAAGUAUAAUAUAACUGUAUUUCAUGAUUAUUAUGUUGAUUUGAACUUAUUUUCCUAUUUGUUUUUGAAUUUUGGAAUAAAAUGGGAAGUACGAGUUUAAGGUGCGUACUAAAAAAAUUGACACAACUUUAAAGCCAAGUCGGCACGGGUUCCCGUUGUAACAAAGGUUGGAAAUUUCGCAGGUACGUUUUUUAAAGCAUUUCUAAUAAUAUUGAGGGGUAUGCGUUCCAAAAAAAAAAAAAUUUUUUUUUUUGCUCAUAUAAGGGACACCCUAAU